ACGCCUCCGAUUGGUGGGAAGCGUUUAGGCGGGAAGAGGAAUUGUUCAGUAACCCAGGGGAUUGGCUAGGGCGAAAGCAGGUGCUGAGUAGCCUCGCCCCUCUCUCGCGAGAUUCCGCCAUCUUGGGGGGCUUGAGAGGAACCGGUGGCGGCGGGAGGGGUCGGCGACCGGGACUUCCCGCACUCGGUCCCGCCGCUGCUCAGCGUCGUGGGGUGAUGCCUCGCCAGUCCUGUUCCAGCCGGAUGGUUCUGGGCAGCUCUUCCCAGUGGAGCCUGCACUGGGAUUCACGAGGCCCUGGAGCUCCAGGAUGGGGAUGAGAGCCACUACAUGGGCAAAGGCGGGACUUUGGUGCAAGCUGGCCCAGAGCUACAGCUGGGGGGUCAUGGUGAGUCACCGCUCGGGCGAGACUGAGGACACCUUCAUUUCGGACCUCGUCGUGGGGCUCUGCGCUGGCCAGGGUGACGCUGUCACGGGCAUGGCGGGUGCCUCGGUGAAGGUGGCGGUCAGAGUCCGGCCCUUCAGCGCGCGGGAGAGCAGCCGCCAGGCCAAGUGCGUUAUCCAGAUGCAAGGAAACACCACCUGCAUCACCAACCCCAAGCUCCCCAAAGACGCCACCAAACACUUCACCUUCGACUACUCGUACUGGUCCCACACCUCGGAGGAGGACCCCAACUUCGCCUCGCAGCGCCGGGUGUACCAGGAUAUCGGGGAGGAGAUGCUGGCACACGCCUUUGAGGGCUACAACGUCUGCAUCCUGGCCUAUGGCCAGACCGGCGCCGGCAAGUCCUACACCAUGAUGGGGCGGCAGGAGCCGGGGCAGCGCGGGAUCAUCCCGCAGCUCUGCGAGGAUCUGUUCACCCGGGUUGCUCAGGAAGGGUCACCUGAACUUUCUUUUUCUGUGGAGGUGAGCUACCUGGAGAUCUACUGCGAGCGAGUGCGGGACCUGCUGAACCCCAAGAGCCGGGGGGGGCUGCGGGUGCGGGAGCACCCCCUGCUCGGACCCUACGUGCAGGACCUGUCGCGUCUCGCCGUCGCCUCCUUCGCCGACAUCGCCGACCUCAUGGACAGCGGCAACAAGGCCAGGACAGUGGCAGCCACAAACAUGAACGAGACGAGCAGCCGCUCGCAUGCUGUGUUCACCAUCGUGUUCAGCCAGCGCCGCCGGGACCCGCUCAGCGACCUCACCACGGAGAAGGUGAGCCGCAUCAGCCUGGUGGACUUGGCAGGCAGUGAACGCGCCGAUGCCUCGGGGACCAAGGGCAUCCGCCUCAAGGAAGGCGCCAACAUCAACAAGUCUCUGACCACUCUGGGAAAGGUCAUCUCUGCCCUGGCCGAGGUGACCAGCAAGAAGAAGAAGCCGGAUUUCAUCCCGUACCGGGACUCGGUGCUGACGUGGCUGCUGAAGGAGAACUUGGGCGGGAACUCGCGCACGGCCAUGAUUGCGGCGCUGAGCCCGGCCGACAGCAACUACGAGGAGACGCUGAGCACGCUGCGCUAUGCCGACCGCACGAAGCAGAUCCGGUGCCACGCCGUGAUCAACGAGGACCCGAAUGCGCGGCUGAUCCGGGAGCUGCGGGAGGAGGUGACGCGGCUGCGGGAGCUGCUCAGCGCCCAGGGUCUCCCUGACACCACCCUCUCUGCCCCCCCGGCCACGACACCCCCCACCCUCAACGGGGGUCCGGGGCUGGAGCCCCCUCUGGGCCCCACUGAGGCCAUGGAGCGACUGCAGGAGACGGAGAAAAUCAUCGCAGAGCUCAACGAGACGUGGGAGGAGAAGCUGCGCCGGACGGAAGCCCUGAGGCUGGAGCGGGAAGCACUGCUGGCCGAGAUGGGGGUGGCUCUGCGGGAGGACGGCGGCACUGUUGGCGUGUUCUCCCCUAAAAAGACCCCGCACUUGGUGAACCUCAACGAGGACCCGCUGAUGUCUGAGUGCCUUCUCUACCACAUCAAGGACGGUGUGACCAGGGUGGGCCAGGUGGAUGUGGACAUCAAGCUGUCGGGGCCAUUUAUCCGGGAGCAGCAUUGCCUCUUCCGCAGCCGCCCCGACCCCUCGGGGGAAGUUGUGGUGACCCUGGAGCCGUGUGAGGGGGCUGAGACCUACGUCAACGGGAAGCAGGUGACGGAGCCGGUGGUGCUCAAGUCGGGCCACCGCCUCAUUUUGGGGAAGAACCAGCACCCGGAGCAGGCGCGGCGGGAGCGGGAACGGGGUGUCCCCGGGCCCCCUCCGGACUGGAACCUGGCACAGCGGGAGCUGCUGGAGCAGCAGGGCAUCGACAUGCGACUCCAGAGGCUCCAGGACCUGGAGAACCAACCCCAGCUGGAGAAGGAAGUGAUGGAGCAGCCACAGCCCCCCGCCACCGACGAGCCCCGGUGCUACGAGGCCGGCUGGCGCCUGAUCUCGUCUCUGCGCCAGGCGCUGCCGGCGCCCACCGUGCGCUCGGUGCUGCGCCGGGCCGGGCUCCCGCUGCCGGCACCGGGCAAACGCCGGGAGCCGCUGCGCGUCUACCAGAUCCCGCAGCGCCGGCGGGAUCCCCGACCCCGUCCUCCCCGUCGCCGUCCCCUGUGGGUGACCAUGGCCGACCUGAAGGCUCAGGCUGUGCGGGAGCUGAGCCUCGAGGUGGCCCUGCGGGAGCCGCGGCCGGCGCGGCGGGAGCUGGAGGCGCUGAGCCUCGCGAAGCUGCAGGAGCUGUGCCGCCGCCACGGCAAGCGGGAGCCCACCGAGCGCGACGGAUGGCGCGCCGUGGCCAGGGACGUGUGGGACGCCGUGGGUGGCGGCGAGGAGGAGGAGGGCUGUGGCAGCGGCGAGCAGGUGAGCGAGGUGGAGGGGCUGCGGCUGCACCUGGACAGGCUGGCGGGGAUCCUGCGCGAGGUGAAGCGGCAGAACAGCGCCAAGGACGAGCAGAUCCGCGCCCUCCGCGACCGCGUGGGGCAGAUGGAGCGCGUCAUCCCGCUGCCGCUGGACGAUGGUGACGAGGCUGAGCCGCCUCCCCAAGAACCUUCCCAGGACCCCCCCCGGCCCAGCACGGACGGAGGGUCUCGCCCCCCGUCCCCCCCCCUCAGCGCGGCGGCGCGGCUGUGCCGGCUCAUGGAGCAGGACCCGGCGUUCCGGCGGGGGCGGCUGCGCUGGCUGCGGCAGGAGCAGGCCCGGCUCAUGGCGGGGGGCCCGCAGCCCCCCCAGGCCCCCCGCCGGCCCCCCGCUUCCACCCGGCCCCCCCAGGACUCCAAGCUGCGCUUCCCCUUCAAGAGCAACCCCCAGCACCGCCUGGCCUGGGGGGGCGGAGGGGAGUCCCCCCAAGCCGAAAACAGCCCCCCCCCCGCCGCCCCCUCCCUCGGGGCGUCCCCGCCGAGGAUCCCUGGACGGGGGGUCCCCGGCCCCCGCCGUGGGCACGCCCCCCACCCCGUGUCCGCCGCCAGCGCUCGGCUCCCGACCUGAAGGCGCGGGGCCCCAUCCCUUAGGGGGUGUGGAAUUUUGGGGACACGCCCUCCCCGAAAUGGACAAUCACGGCCUUUCCCCUCCCGCCCG